CAGGCCUCGCUGUUUAUUAAAACGAAAAGCAGCUCAACAAACUAGUUGCAUUCAGAAAAUCUUUAUAUAAACCACAGACUUUACAGGAGAAUACACUUAUCAUUUAGAAGUUGAGGAUUUUGUAUUAGCGUUACCAUGGAAUACUCCAAAGACAACAUCAGGCAGUCCAAGGACGUAGAUGCUGAAUGGAGGAGAAUAUUUUUAGAAAAAAUGCAAGAGAGAGGGUUAAAUCUACAAGAGAAAACCUUGGAAAACAUAAAACAUCAUAGAGAACAAGUGGCCAAAUUAAAGAAGACUGCUCCACCUGAUGAACUGACAAAAGAGUGGUUCAGCGAAGAUAAAUUGUCCGUGGACACUAGAGCUUAUCUGCUUGAAAAGUUAAUGCCAACUAUAGUGCCUGGCCUGGAAGCUGUGCUGAAAGAAGUUGAGAAAAAGAAGGUUUUGGAAGAUGGUUCUGUGAAGUUUGACCCUGUUAAUUUUUUGGGAGAGUAUCUCAUGAGGAAUAAACCUGAGUUUAGUGUAGGUUCUCAUGCACAUCCAUAUGUCCGAGGCCUAAGAGAGGUAGUUGCAAAUCUCAAAGAUCAGGUUUUCGACCUUGAAUUCAACAGGCUUGGGCAGCUGAAAGAAGAACUGAAUGAAUCCCAAAACCAGAGAGCACAAGUGCAAAACAUCCGGUCUCAGAUCAAGCAGAGAAGGGAAGGAGCCUUGUCUCUCCAAUUUCAAGAGUGGACCUUGGAUGUGACGGGGAGAAUCCCUCUAGCACUGGUACAAAGUGCCCUCAAGUCAUUUCUUGAAGUAAUCCUUCAACUUCAACAAGAGGCUAUACCAGCGUAUGAUAUUGACCUGGAGAUCGUGCAUACCAUGGAACAAAAGCUGAAUAAAGAAGAAUUUGUGGAGUAUGUGUAUCCCUUUAUCUCGAAAUUCAGCACGGAUGUUUUUCAAGAGUUUCUGCAUCAUCUUGCACAGUGUGCAGACAUGUUUCGCGAAACGAUCCGCCAUGACAUAAGGCGGCAGAAGUUUUCUGAUCUCUUCUUUAAGUGUGACCCAGGAAAGGUUGGCUUCCUGGACAGACAGCGGAUUCUUGCCCUGAUGGAAUCUUUCUUUGACAACACAAGUCCUGAAUCACCUGAAUGGCAGCCCCGAAAUCCUAGACAAUGGCCGGUGAUUGAACUCAGUGAAAUGGACCCAGAAGACUUCUGGGCUAACUUUCAAGAAACGGAACAACUUACAGAGGGAAAGGAUCAUGAAGAAUCCAGAAUUCCAUUUUCAGAAUCGACUCCAAGUCCUGAGCCAGCAGUGGUCAAAGACGUUGAGACUGUUUCUGCGGAGAAUCCAGGAGAAGCAGCAUCCCAGCUUGUGGAAGGCAUAGCUCAUGAAGAACACAACAGUGAAAAAGAACCACACAGUGAAGAACACAACAUUGAUAAAGAACCACACAGUGAAGAACACAACAUUGAUAAAGAACCACACCGUGAAGAACACAACAUUGAUAAAGAACCACACCGUGAAGAACACAACAUUGAUAAAGAACCACACCGUGAAGAAUACAACAUUGAUAAAGAUCCACACCGUGAAGAAUACAACAUUGAUAAAGAUCCACACCAUGAAGAACACAACAUUGAUAAAGAUCCACACCAUGAAGAACACAACAUUGAUAAAGAUCCACACCAUGAAGAACACAACAUUGAUAAAGAUCCACACCAUGAAGAACACAACAUUGAUAAAGAUCCACACCAUGAAGAACACAACAUUGAUAAAGAUCCACACCAUGAAGAACACAACAUUGAUAGAGAUCCACACUUUGUUGAAGGACAGGCCUGCUCGGACACAGAAUCCCAGCUUGUGGAAGGCAGACCUUCUGAAGAAACCCACUGUGAUAAAGAUCCUCAUAUCAUUGAAGGACAGCCUUGGUCAGGUGAACUCCUAACUGCUGAUUUGCCAUUUAGGUAUAGCUCAUAUGGAGACAGAAGUCAAGAUGAGUGCAGUGUCACAGCCUCACAGUUUACAGAUUUACACCCAAUCAUCACCGAUAUUAAUUCUCGACGUCCAUCAAAUAUUGCAAGUGCGUUCAGCAGCAGCCAAUUGAACCUGCCGCAGUUUGUGCAACUAAUGGAGACUUUCCUGGGAGUGGGAGCCCCCUUGCCAAUUGUGGACAAACUCACCAACUUCAUACAGAAAGAAUAUGUUGAGACAGAAGAGGAGAAAAUGACAUUGUUGAAUAAAGUACGUUAUGAUGCUCUAAUUGCCCAUCAGAAGUUGGUGCUGCAGGCACUUUUUGAAAAGUGGGACAAUGAUGGGUCUGGUUUCCUGGAACUGCUUGAAGUGGAGGCUGUGCUGUCCAAAUACAAAGAUGGAAUGGAAUCUGAGUUGAUAGACAAAGGAAGGGAGUCUUUGAGCUCAUCACAGUCCCAACGUGGUGUCUGGAAGUUGUCGGCCUCUGAAUUCUGUCGAUACAUUCAAGACGUGGUUAGCAUGUUACCUGGACUUGAAAGUGAGGUGUUUGAAAGUGUGGUGGAAUUCCUGACCACCAGUGUGGAACGUACUCAGGUUGAGAAGAUGCGAGGGACGUCUCGCAGAAAGUGGCUUCAACACAUCCAUACAGUAGCUGAAACCAGUGGUGGAAGUCUAGAUCCUGUAUAUAAAGCUAUUUUCCAAGCACUUUAUAAGGAUGCUGAAGCCCAUGGCAACAAUAAAAAGAUCAGUGCCAGCAUCGCCCUUCUGGAGCAGAGCGUAGUAGAGGGAAAGUGGAAAGAGGUUCUACGUUAUGUUGCAUGUACAUCAGAUGAUGCCUUCUAUGUUUUAAAUAAAAUUUUGCACAGGGACAUGGAGAAUGUAAGUUUUGCAGCUGUGGACAGUGGAACUCCAGUUCAUGUGCCACGUGUUCAAUAUCAUGGUAGUGUCCAUUUCUGGAACACCGAUCGCCCUGAAGAGGAGAGGAAAGGAUCCCUCAUUGUGCUCCCUCUCAUUGAUGCACAGCAACAGGUCUUUGGUACCCUAAGCAUCGACACUCUGAGAGAUACCCGAGAGCGAAAUAUCUUCCUUACCCACGAGAUUAGCUUUUACCAGGGCAUCACAAAUAUGUUCAGCACAGCAUAUCAUCACAUCGAGAUGAAGACAGACAUUCUACAGCUGGCAAGCAGUGCAUUUGCCUGGAUCUACAGCCGAGCUCCCAACAUUCACAUCAUCAACACCUACCUCAUGGAGCCCAGUAUAGAGAAGUCACAGGGUUAUGUCUUUAGAAACAUGAUGCACACAGAUAACAGCACUGGAGUUUCGGAAAUAUUCAGUUCUCCAGCCAUACUUCGCAGGCGAGAUAACCUUUUCAGAGAUUAUCUCUUCAAGUGUGCUGAUAGCUCAGAAGUAAUCACAACAGAUGCCUAUGGAGAACGGCAUAUCGCUGUUCCCAUACGUGACUUGGCAGGGCGGGCUGUUGGGGUCUUGGAUAUCAGUACAAGACAGUGCUGUGAGCUACCAGCCCAUGAGUAUCAAGACCUUCAAAAGAUGCUACAGAUGUUGCAGGAAGCCUGCUAUGAAAUCCUUGAGCAAAAGAACACAGACAGCCAAGGAGAGCCACUCUUAGAAGCAGAACAAGUUCCAGGUCAGAAGCGGGUGGGAGUCUUAUUCCAUCGCUUUAUGCUGAAGGACCUGCGCCAGUGUGUCAGUAAGCUGGAUUAUCGGUCCUUUGCAGAGCUGAAGAGCUACAAGGAGCCACCAUCUAUGGUGCACAGUAUACUCAAGGCUGUUCUACUACUUUUUAGUCCAGACUGGGCUGAAUCUGAAGAGAUUCACAGUUGGAAUCAGUGUAAAUUGAAAGUUAAUACUGAUUUGAUCAGAAAGAUUUUAUCAUUCGACCCAACAGCACAGUCUGUACAGAUCAACCCAGAAAUCCUUGCAAAGUAUAUUAAAGGUAUUCCUAGAGGAGCGGUCUGGAAGCAUGGCUCCAUUCCAGCGGAGCAUCUCUAUAACUGGACAUUUACAUGCAUGUGUUUAUUGGAGCUCACACAGAAAAUGCAAAACACCCAUCCUCCAUCUCUAGAUAAUUUACCAGGACCACAGUGAAGAGUGGCUCAUAAUAAAUCCUCUGGAUAAGCAAUGAUUCAUAUAUGUUGCAUAUAUUUUCGCCUUUAAGAUAUGAAAAUAUUUAG